AUGGAUGAAUCUUUAUAUCAGAAUGGAGUCAGUAAUGGGGAUGUUGACUGGCUUUUUAGAGGUAAGAGUAAGAAGCUUACUAAGAAAAUGAUUCAGAAUAAAGAAGAAGAUAAAUCCAAAGAAGGAGAAAAGACUUCAAUUGAUAAGGAUAGUAUAGAUACUGAUAAGGUGAGGCAAGACACUCAAGAGGAUAAGGUAGAUAAAGUUCCUAGUGUAGAUAAGGUAGAGAACACUGACAAAGCUCCAAAGGAUGGAAGUAAUUCAGAAAACGAUAAGAAAGAAAUAGAGAAAAAAUCUUUACCCACGCCGACAGAAUCUAAAUUGUCCAGUAGUAUUAAGAAUGCUGAGGUUAAGAAACCAGAAAAGGAAACCGAUAAAUCCACUUUAGAUAAACUUUUCCGUCCAAGGACAUCAUCAAUUUCAAGUCAAGGAGGUUCAACAGGUUCCAAACCGAGUGCCAAUUCCAAAUCUAAUGCUAUUCCUAUCAAUAAUCGGUCGAGAUCCUCAUCCACUGGUUCUCAGACUUCUAGUAGUUCAUUACCUAAGAAAUCAUUAUUCAGUUCAAUUUCUUCCAAAUUUAAAUCAGAAAGUUCUUCACCAACCAAUACCUUCUUAGGUAAUACUAAUUCGACUCCCUCUUUAUUGACGGGAUAUUCCAUUGAUCAUGGUGAGCUUGAGAGAAAACCCACCAAUGAAGGGUCACCCAUCCUCAAUUCCUUCUUCAAAAGACGUUCAUCUACAUCUAGAAGAUCAUCUGUUCAAAUGGAUAGAGAAUUAUUACCUAAAGAUUCCAGGGAGUCUAGAGAAUCCAAAGAUUCAGAAAUUUCUGAAAUUCAAGAAUUCAAGGAAAAACAGAAAACUUCAGAUAUCGAUGAAUUGAAGAAAAUCACCUUGAAAAGAGUGAAUUUUUCCAUAGACAAAUUGAGUUAUGAUCCCCAACAACAAAUUCCAUCUCGUAGACCUAAGAAAGGGAAUGUUUUAAUACCUGAAGAUUUAACAGCUCCACCACCACGAUUAUCCCAAGGGAUUUCACUUAAUGAUGGAACUACUAAGAGUGAAACCACGCCGAAAUAUUCCGAAAAAGAGUUGAAUCUUGCUAUUGAAGCUCAAAAGAGGGCUUUAAUUGAAGCUGAUAAACAUGCUCAAGAAGCUCAUUUAUCAGCUAAAAGAUUGGCUGUUGAAGUGACUCAAUUUAAGAGAAGAAGAAAUACUUUGACCACCCCUGCUAAAGAUGAAAUUGAAGAUGAUGUUAAUGUGAAAAAGAUCGAAAUCGAUAAACCCUUACAUAUGCAUGAAGAGAAUUUCGGAGAAGAAACUGAAAUUGAUAUCAAAAAUUUGACUUUGGAACAAAUUUAUACCAGAUGUUGUCAUUUAAGAGAAAUUCUUCCCAUUCCAGCAACCCUUAAACAAUUAAAGAAUAAGACUAAACCUUUACAAGUGUUGAAAUUAUUAAAUCCUAAACCAACAUUGAUCGAUAUCUUAUCCUUCAGUGAUUUCAUAGCCAUCAUACCCAUUUCAACCAUCAUUUUUGAUAAUGUUACUAUGACCACAGAGAUGCUAAAGAAUAUCUUAGGGUCGAUUGUUAACAAUAAGUUCUUGGAGAAAUUGAGUUUAAGGAACGUUCCUAUUGAUAAUGAAGGGUGGGGAUAUCUUUGUAAAUUCUUAUCCCAGAAUAAGUCUAUCAAGAAGUUAGAUAUCAGCCAACAAAGAAUCAAACCUGAUUUGAAUAAGAGUUUCAUUAGAUCCUCAUUGAAUUGGAAUCUUUUCAUUGAAGCUCUUAGUAUAAGAGGAGGUAUUGAAGAAUUGGUUAUCAAUGGUUGUAAGAUUACUGAUGAAUGUUUCAAGGAUUUGACCAAUAAAGGUCUUACUAACACUAUGAGAUUGGGUAUAGCUUCAUGUGAAUUGAAUAAUUAUAAAUCCAAUGUGGUUUGUAAUUGGUUGAAGAAAAGUGAAACCAAAUGUAUUGGUGUUGAUAUAGCAUUUAAUGAUUUAAGUAAAGGUCAGUUGACAUACUUUAUCGAUGCUUUCAAUUCAGGUAAUGUUGAUUUGAUCUUCUUUUCAUUAUACCAAACCAAUUUGUCUAGUGUAGAAGAGUUCACGGAAUUAUUGAAAUCUUUGAUGCGAGUCAAAACCUUAAGAUUCCUUGAUCUUUCUUCAUUACCAAGUUUAUUCCCUGGAGUGAUAUCUAAGUUAAACACUUAUUUACCUCAUUUUGAAAAUUUGAAGAGAAUCCAUUUCGACCUAAAUGAUUUAUCCAGUCAAUCAAUUAUUGCUAUAACAGAAAUCUUACCUAAGAUCAAUGGUCUUUUCCAUGUUUCAUUUUUGGGUAAUAGAAAUCUUAACAAUUCCGUUGGAGCUUCUAUUUAUGCUGCCAUCAAGAAAUCCAGUUCCAUUCAUACGUUAGAUCUCGAUUAUGAUUUGAUCAAUGAUCAAUUGAAUCAAAAGAUAGCUUUCUAUUUGAUGAGAAAUAUGAAUAACUUCAUUGAAACACCUUCAAGUACUUCCAAACCUAUGGAAAAUGACGAUGAACAAGAAGAAUUGAUGUUUGAUGGAUCUUUAUUAAUGGAAGCUGCAGAAAAAUUAUUGAUUGAAAAUGAUACUAAACCCAAUAAAGUUGAAGAUAUUAAACUUCAAAGAAUUAUAUCUAAUGCUUUGAUUGAAAGAACAACUGAAAUUAGAUUAAGUAUCCAUAAAACCAUUGAUGUUUUAUUCACCAAAAGAAAUAAUGGAACAUUAUCUUUAGAAGGUAAAGAAAGUUUGUUAAGGUUUUGUCUUUUAGAUUCUUCUCUUGAGCAAUUAGUUCAUAUGUUUGAAGAACAAAGUAAGAAAUUAUCUAUGAGUCCAUCGCCAUCACUUGAAUUGAAUAAUGAUGAUGUUAAACCUCAUCCAAAUAUUCAAAUUGAUGAUAAAUUACUUCAUCAUAAUUCAACAGAAUUAAUUACUUCCGGUCCAAUUUUAUCCCCUAGAAAUACUGAAACUUUGAAUAAACUUGGUUAUUUCACCAAUGACCAAUCUAACUUUGAACCUCAUCAAGUGGUUGUAGAAUCAUCUAAAGAUGGUAAAAAUAUACCAAUUGAUUAUCUUACAGGUAGACCAGUUUUGAUGAGAUCCAUAUCACAAACCUCAACUCAUGCUAAAGAACAAGAAUUAGAAGAAGGGGAAUUCCAUAGAUGGGGGUUCUUCAUUGAACAGAGAAAUAAUAGUUCUAAUAAUUUAGAAGAAGAAGCAAAGAAAAUUCCAACUCUUAAGGUUUUACCUUCAGGUAAUGAAUUAAGAGAUGCUAUUAUUAAAGCUAAAGGUAUUGAAUCCAUUACAGAAUUGAUCAAUAAAAUCAAUAAUGACAGAGUUAGUCUUGAUAAGAUUUAUGAUAUCUCUGAUGAUCAAAAAGAGCAAGUUCUUAAGACUUUAGAACAAAUGAAAUUAGAAGAGAAAACCGAUGAUGAUGAUACAGUAUCAAUAGAUUCUAACGAAGAUUCUAAAGUGGAUGCUGUUGUUGAUGAGGUUUAUGAUAAAUUAUUGAAUGAUGCCCAAAGAGUGAGAUCUAAUAAAUAA